AUGGGCUGGCUCAAGCACCUGGAGCUUCUAACAACCUGUCUUUCCUCUACAGGCCUCAAAACCAAGGAACACAGGCCCCCCGACCAGGAGGUGGCGCCCCUGCCACAGGCCAAUGCAGAGGCCAUCAAUUUUCUCAACUCUCUCGGCCUGGAGGAACUGCAGAUGCUGCUCUUCUCGGAGACCCUUGCCAUGGUCACAGACGCAGGGGAACCGCAGGGAGAGCUGACCAUCGAGGUGCAAAAAGGGCGAUACACAGACCCACAGGGCAUCCUGACCCACUGCAUCAUGGUACAUGCCUCCAGCCAUGGCUUCCUCGACAAGAUGCUCUGCGGAAACUCCCUCCUGGGCUAUCUCUCGUGGAAACUGGAGCCCAUGGAACAGCACAGCCACGAGUUCAUCAAGUUCCUCAUCCUGCCCAUGGAACAGACAACCAAUCUGCUGAGGCAAGAUGAGCAGCUAAGCAUGACCCGAAGUGUCAAGGAGGGUGAGGAAGUGAAGUCAGGGGUGACCGCUUUCCCCUGGGCCUCAAUGGAGGGCUUUGUCUCUGAGGCUGCCAACCUGGUACUGCUGCGGGCGAUGGCACGGCGCCAGAAGGUGCCCAGCAAUGCUUGCUUCCUGGCCCUGGACACCGAGGGCAAGCUGUGUCACUCCACCUAUCAAUCCCUGGGCUUCCAGACGAUCCAGGUGGGCUGGCAGCAGGCCCCUGUGUUCAUUGUGGAGCAGACGGUGCACUCGGAAGAGGGCAUCCCCAUGGCCUGGCAGUUCUACCUGCUUUCCGAUGGGCACCUGGCCAAGAGAGUCCAGAUAGGCUCGCCCGGCUGCUGCAUCAUCACCAAGAUGCCUGUCUUGAGGGAGGAGGACGAGAUUGAGCCGCCGCCGGUUUUCGAGAAGAAGCCACUGGUGUGGGAGGAAGACUUGGAGCUCCAUUCCAAAUUCCUGCACCGUAAGGAGGAGCUGCGGACCAGCCACAGCAGCUACCUGCGGCAGCACCCAGACGUCCGCGCGCUCCUCUCCGACUUCCUGCUCUUCCUGCUGCUGCGUCAGCCCCGCGACGUGGUUACCUUCGCCGCUGAGUUCUUCGGCCCCUUUGACCCGAGCCGCCCGCCCCCGCCCUCCCUUCGCUCCUCACACCGGCCCAGCCCCUUCCGCUCCUGGGGACCCGGGCUGGACGUCGACCCCGAAGCUGACUAG